AUGGAAAGUACAAAUAUUCAUCAUUAUACUGUAGAUAAAUAAUAACAACUGAUGAAGCGUAAAAAUUUGCUAAAGAAAAUGAUUUAGCAUAUUUUGAAACAUAAGCAAAAACAGGAUAAAAUGUAGAUACAUUAUUUGAAACUAUGGCUUAAAUUAUAUUGUAAAAGAUUGAAUCUGGUGAAAUAGAUACUUCUUUAGAAGUAUAAAAAUUAUAAAUCUAUUAGAUAUAUGGAAUCAAAGUAGGUCCUGGAAUUGCUAAUGUAUAAAAAUAAUAAACAUUGCAAUAAGAUUCACAAAAUCUGA